ACCGAAACAGUGUGGAGGCCGUACGAUGAAUUCGCUGUCGAAAGAUUCGCUCUCGGAGCACGAUCGGCAAGUGUUGGAAUCGAUUUUUAAUCCUUCGCAAAUCGGUGGUGAAGAGUAUUUGCUGCAGGACGAAGAGAAUCACCUGGAGGACCCACAAGAUGCCGAUGAGGCUGCUGAUCCGCGGGUGCAGGAAUCGCAACGAUUGGAGAUCGAAGCCAUAGCGCUAACGGAUGCAGGCAAACUGAACGAAGCUCUCGAGGUGUUUAGCAAAUCGAUCGAAAUUGCGUCGCACCGUCCAAGUGGCUACAAUAACAGGGCUCAGGUGUACUGCCUUCUCGGGAAGGAAAAUGAUGCGCUGCAGGAUAUUGAGCGGGCACUCGAGCUGUCGAACCGCUCCGGAAGGACCGGAUGUCGGGCCCUCUGUCAGCGUGGCAUUUUGAGGCGCAAGAGCAACCAAAUUGAAGGCGCCCGGGAAGACUUUGAGGCGGCCGCCCGGCUGGGGAGUCAUUUUGCACGGACCCAGCUCAUCGAAAUGAACCCGUACGCGGCGCUUUGCAACCAGAUGCUUCGUGAGGUGGUCAAAAUGUGAGCCCGAAUUCGUCGAGUAUUUUAUUAAAAUAUAAUUCGCUACUUUA